GGCAGAGCUCAAUUCAGGACUGGGGUGAAGAGGUGGAAGAGGGAGCUGUUUACCAUGUCACCCUGAAAAGAGUGCAGAUUCAGCAAGCUGCCAACAAAGGAGCGAGGUGGCUCGGGGUAAGUGAAGCUGGCGCGGUGGCACUUUGGAAGGCUGCUGAUGGACUUUGGAGCCUGCUGCACGGAGCUGGAUUUCACACCAGCCUCUGUGAUAUUAACUUCUAGCCCCGACUGCUCUCGCCGUUUAAAAACAACAGCGCUGGAGUUGUCUGUGGGGGCAGUCUGAAAGAACUGUUGGCUAUUCCUCUUUUACUGAUGUGUAUGAAAACAGAUCUGACCGGCUGUGGCCGUGGAUCAGAUGAUACUUAAUGCAGAGAUAAGGGUUGUCUUUUGGUCUGAUCUUAAAAGUUGGGCAUUUAACAGUUAUUUCACAGUGGGCUACGGCUCGUUCCAGUUGCUAGGAGUCUGCUUCGUGUACCCCAAGCAAACAGUCACAGUGUUUUAACUAAUGAGGGUCUCUCAAAAGUUAGAAACUUCUUCAGAGUUUGAGCGAAUGUAGGUUUGGGUCUCGUUUCACUCUUUCUUUCUGGGCCAGAUGAGAUGUUGGUAUCCCUUUUUACUUGUCAGCAUUUCUGCGAGAACUACAGCUAUGUGCUCUUUUUCAAAGGUAUAUUUCAAAGCAGGGAGGCUUUAGCAGCGAGUGAAAUAAACUUAAAUGCACAUGCACUUAAUUUGGCAUGCUGCUGGGUGCCUGUACCUUUGUCAGGCCAAGUCCCCAGCUGAUAGAAAAUGUCCUCACUUCCCUGGAAUCACUGCAGCUGCAGCAAUCUGAGCCAGGUCUUCAGGAGGUGGCUAUAACUGUGGUAUUAUUUUAUGUUAAUCGAUUUUCUUCAACAUCAAAGGCACAUAAGAACUUGGUUUGUGAUAGUGUCCGGGUUAGUGUUUUAAAGCCUUUUAAAUCUGCUCAAAGAUUUAUAUCGAAUAGUUUUCUUGUGAAGUUCCACGUCGUGAAGCAAUAUAGCGAUGCUGAAACCACAGUCAAGAAAGAUAAGCAAAUUUUGUCCUGCCUGCAGAUAGUGCUUAGAAUUUCCCCUUUCCAUGCUUGCAAGAAGUACAGAGAGAUCUAUUCAGAACAGAUAAUUUCAAAUCUGCUUCCUCUGAGUGGCAGAUUUCCCAUCUCUGCCUCCCGUUUUUACCAGGGUUGAUAGAAAAAUAGUAGAAAGUAUCUUUGCACUCCUGUAGGAUUCCCAGAUGGUGGCUUUGUAAGAGGUGGAGGUCACAGAGAGUGAGCCCAUGUCCCAAAAGCGUCCUUCAGGAAAGCAUUAAUUUCUCCUGUUUCAGACAUGUUGUUCUGUCUGUGUAGAAGGAAACUGCUAGGCCUUGAUCAUAUUCUCAAAGGAAGAACAUAUCUGUGUUGCUCAGACCACUGGCACAGCUUAUGGUGCUGCUCUUAGUAAGAGGAGAAGGGACUGCAAGGUCACGGGGUUGGCUUUUGGCUUUCUAUGCCUAGUGCAAGCUUCUUCAGGUCAGAUGGAGCCCUGGUAGUGGGGCAGUGUGUCACCUGUGCCGGGCAUAAACGAGUGACUGCAUCUUCCAGGCUGGCAUCUUUAAUCAGCAAUAAUCUCAUGCACUUUAUUUAAAGAUAUUUUUAAACAUAUGGGCUUUUUGUUCCCUUAAGCUCUUCAGAACAGAAAAUAUUUUAAGCUCUUUGCGAUCUUGUUUUAUUAAUGGCUUUACUGUGGUCCUAAGGCCAGCAAAUAGCCUCUAACCCAGAACCCAGUUAUUUGUGAAUAGGCAUCCCCACCUCCCGUGGUUUUGCCCUGAAAAGCAUAAUUGUCUCUUUUGUAAUUGCCAUCAGGUGAUGGUUUAUUUAUUUAUUUAUUCAUAAUCUGGAGCUCACAGGGCUUUAUGAUGUAAUUUUUAUUUUUUUAUUUUUUCCUCAAAACUUUGAAAUUCAUAGAGCUUAACUAAAAAGCUGUUGGGUUCAUCAGUGCAGGUCCUUCUUGGUGUUGCAGACAUUCACCCUUAGGUUGACUGGAGGUCAAGACUGGAGGUCAUCUGAAGAGUAUGGGAAUAACGUAUUUGUGCAUCUGCAAGCAUUGAGCUUUAAUUGUAACAAAUAUGGUAACUCUGUCACUGAUUAUGUGUGGGUUAAGGUUAGAAAACAGUGACUUAUUCAGUGUCGGUUUGUAUCCUGCAAGGGUCUCCUUAGUUUGACCUUCUCUGAGGCAUUGAGUUUCUAGUGGUUUAUUAAGCCUUGUGACUUGAAAAGCCAAAGUUCUUCAAGAACCUCCAUGCUGCAUGUGGAUAUUGAAUGCUGUGUGGCAUCAGAGCAGGGGUUUGGUCCCAUGAUUCUGGAGUGGAUGGUUCUUAGUGGUGCUGUGUUUCUAAACUGCUUUGGAGGUGUUUCAGCUGGAAAGCAUUAGAUGGUGAAUUAUUUGAUGUAUCUGAACACUUCGUACAACCUUUGUUAAAGGAAACAUAAAAUAUCUUGCUUAUUCCAAGUGUGUUGGUGCUUAUUACCAAUUUCUUUAUUCAUAGAAUGGUAUCAUAGAGUCAUAGAAUGGCUUGGGUUGAAAAGGACCACAAUGAUCAUCGAGUUUCAACCCCCCUGCCAUGUGCAGGGUCGCCAACCACCGGACCAGGCUGCCCAGAGCCACAUCCAGCCUGGCCUUGAGUGCCUCCAGGGAUGGGGCAUCCACAGCCUCCUUGGGCAACCUGUUCAGUGCGUCACCACCUCUGUGUGAAAAACUUCCUCCUAAUAUCCAACCUAAACCUCCCUUGUCUCAGUUUAAAAGCAUUCCCCCUUGUCCUAUUACUAUCCACCCUUGUAAACAGCCGUUCCCUCUCCUGUUGGAAGUCGUGCAUAAAUGUGUUCUUGGAGAGGUACCAGUAGGUGAAUGACCUUAGAUUUUUUUGUUUCAAGAGGGCUAAUACACUUUUCUUAAAAUUCUGUACCCUAACAUACCAUCCAGGGUUCUGAAUGGUCAUCCCUGCUGUGAGGGAAUGGUCUGUUUAAAAGCCCACUGUAGGAUUACAGCUCAAGCACUGUGAACACUUGUUUAUUUUCAAACUUCUAUAAUUAAUAAAAGGAGAAGAUAAACAGGCUGUGACUGACACAGUCGUCAGUAGUUCCGCAUCUUUCAGAAGUGUGAAGCUUUUGUAUAAACACCACAUUUUCAGCUUUAAAUUUAAUAUAGACAUCAAAGGCUGCCAAUAAUAACUACUGGUUUUGUCAUUAAAUGCUUAGUCACUAAAUAUUUAGUGCAGAUUAAGACUUUAGGCACUACGGUAUUAGGAAGGAUUAGUAACCCCAGUAGUAGCUCAGCGUUGUGAGGGAUGCUGCACAGAAGGACUACCCUGACCAAAAGGAAUGUACAGACUAAGUAUCAGAUAAGGCACGUCCUUGCACAUAUGUUGUCUUUUCUGCUGGCCAGUAUCUGAGGCAGUGCUAUGAAUCUCACAGCAGUCUUGGUGUUUUUCAAGUUAUUUGUAAACAUGAAGGCAACAGAGAGUCUUAGGGUUAUUUUCCAAAGCCAAGUGUUUCUUCUGGAGGUGUUUAAAGAGGAUCCCUGCUGAGCAUGAGAAGUUCAAGAGAAAGCAUGAAGACUUUCUUAUUUUUUUUUAUAAACCUAAGUGGGUGGAAGUGUCUCCAGAAUAGAUGUGUGGCAGAAGGCAUCGUCAUGAGAGCCAGAGAGGUGGCGUGGAGACUGGUAACAAUCCAGGAACCGUGAAGGCUGUGGAAACAGACUGAUGACCUAACCUGUGUGAGAGAAGGGGGAGGCAGAGAACUGUAUAGAUGGAUGGGAUGACAAGGGCCAGGAGAAGUGCUUUCCACAGCAGCCUUUUGAGUGGAUGUUCAGCAUCAUUUUGAAUGAGAUUACAUCAGGCUAGAGCAAAAGACCCAUCAGUAACAGGAUUAGAAGGUGAGAGGGUGCAGCAAAGUUUUAAGGAUAUGCCUAGAAAGAGAAGGUUGAAUAAAAAAAUGUGACACAAAAAGAACCUAAGAAAUGAGAUUCAGCUUAUGUCUGAGGAUGUAAAGGCAGCCCACAGGAGGGUUGGCACCCUGCAUGUCAGACAGGACAGUGCUAUUGUCUAUGAAGAAAAGGCAGCAGAGCAGAAAAGGCAGGUGAAGAGAUUAGCAUUCUGUGGUCUUUUUUUUGGUCUUGAACUGUCAGCUAUGUACUUGUGAAACAAGGCUGAGAGACCAGCUGAAUCAUAAUGUAGCCAGAAGCAGAUAAGAGUAGAGCUGUAUAAGUAAAUCAGCUUCUGAACACCUUGAUUUCUGUUGCCAAGAGCAUUAUGCUGACUGAGUAUGAGCACUGGGAAAGGUGAACUCCAGUUGAUGACUUACUGUAAAUCACAAACUGAAAAGUAAACAGGGAGUUGAAAGAAAAGGGAAGAAGCAGCAAGUAGAGAAGUAGGUGGAGAAAGAGAAGGAAUUUUUUAAGAGGUGAUGUACUGAAAUAAACUUUGAAUGGGAGAAGUGAGUGAUGAGAAUGUGAGAGGCAAAAGGUCCAAGAGAAGGAGGUAUGAGGGAAUGGGAUGGGAUCUGUCAGAUAAGUGACAGGAUCAGAGGAGGAGCACAGGCAAGAAAAUUCCACACUUGUCACGCAGUAGAAAUGAGAGUUGGUCAUUCCUUUGCAAAGAGGAAUGAGGGCUGGAGAGUUCCAGGAGCCAGGACUGCAGAUGUAGAAUGAGAUUAAAUUGAAAUAUUGAAGUUGUUUGACUACGGAGAGGACAAAAAUGAAGUAGAAGGGAGGGGAAAAAAAGGUUUUACUGGUGAAGAUAAUUGGCCUGGUGGUUGUGUUUGUGCCAGGCGCCAGUGGGUGCAUCCAGUGAAGAUGCACCAGGGUGAGGGGUGAGCAGGAUGGACCCUACAGUGAUGGAAAGAGAAAGAGAUGAAUGAUGUAGGACAAUAAGGCAGGAAGAAAUGAAUGACUGUAUAAAGAGCAGAGACAGUUUAAGGCUACCUCAGUGGAGGAACAUCCUUGGCAACUGACAAGAAUUGAGCCAAAGCAGUAGAUACUGCUAGGAAGCAAAGAGGAACUGCUGGUCUGGAGACAGCUGCCUGUGGGAGUUCUGCACGGCAGUCCUGCAACUGAACUGCUGUCAUGUGUUCAUUAAGGUCAGUGACAAAAGCAGAAGCAACACUGAUAAAACCUAAUGGUCUGGCAGAGGAGAAAACAAGAAAGGCUGACACUUGGGACUAGUGUAACUGGCGCAGGUUGAGGUUAUAUAGCACAGAACACAAAGACGUGGUUGUGAAAGAGUUAAAAUUUCUGCCAUAGGCUGAUAUCUUUGUCCUUUUUUGUCUCUUCCAGUUUGGGGCAUUUUAGUCAAUCAAAGCACACGUGAGCCAUGAGGAUAAUGUAAAGCAGAAAGGCAGAUGUGAUGCUCAGGUGUUUUAGGUUAUUGCCAGCAGAGGUGGGAAACAUGGAUCUCCUUGUAUGGUGCUCUCGGUGUGACUGCAAUUCUGGCUGUUUUCAAGAAAGCUGGUUUAAACUAGGAGAUAGGAUAGUCAAGAAAAUGACAGCUGUGUCUGACUAUUAUCUGAAGAGUAUAGUUUGGUUAUCUUAACAAAAUGAAUAAAGUUUCAAAUCGUCAGAUCAACGAGACAGUGGGGUAGCACUGCAGGGAGAGCAAAGGAAGCAAAUAACUCUACAGCAUCAGUACUGAAGCUGCUUUGUGGUAGAAGUCCCCACUGUCUUAACCAGGCUGAUGAGGAAAAGAUGGGGCUGUAAAGCCUUACUUCAUUCAAGGUAGGCAGUGGUGCUGGUCUGUCCUGGUGCUGGGGAGACUGCUCUGUGAAGAGGAGGUCACCGAUGUCAUUUCAUGUUCAGAAUUGUUUGGGAAGCAGCAAGAGAAGGGCAGGUGGGAGAGGAGUACCUGCAGGGGUGGCAGGAGGUGACAGCAGUGGGGUGCAUGAAGAGUGCCUUAUUUGUGUGGGGGUGUCAGCGUGCCCUGGUAAACAGAAUGUGGAGAAGCAAAUGCGAAAAAGUAGCAGGGUGGUGUUAGAAAACAUUGGAAAACGCUGUUGUGGAAAUGGAGGAGGGGGAGCAGUGGGAUAGGAGUAAUGGAAAGGAUGCAGUGCUACAGCAAAUGAGCGGCGAGAGGCAUGGGUGUGGCACGGGCAGAUGGACAAGAAGAUUACAGAAUGAAAAGCAGAGUUUUCAAAGUCCAGUGAAGUUAUUUUUUGCAGGGCUCCCCUGUCAGCCAGCUGGAGCACUUCAUCUCACCCUGCCAGGGCCUACAGGGAGGGGUGGGCGACUUGUGUCCAGCGCUCCGGGAAGCAGAGAGCAGUGAGAGCCAGGAGGGGCUCCUUAAUGCUUGCAAAUGUUCUUCCUGUCAGAGUACUUUACCUUACCCUGAAAGGAGUGGGGAAAAUCCAUGUGCUUUGCCUCUGGAGUUCUUACUGGGGAAGGUCUCAGGAAAUCCAGCCCGGAAUGGGAGUUCCCUUGAGCCCGGUGCUCUGGAGGAGCCAUGCAGGGCCUGUAUCUCCACAUCUUAAAUGGUUGCUAAGCUUUGUGAGCCAGUUCUCAAGUAUUAAGUUUCUCACUGUACUAAUGGAUGACACAGACUGCUCUUCCUUUCUGUCUUAAAUAUCCAGAUAACGGUGAAAUAAUAAGCUCCCUCAUGGCCAGUUCUGCCUGAUUUAGUUUAGCCACUGAUUACAUUUCUAAAGCGGAUUUUAGAGACACGUUUUUUUUUUUCCUUCAGCUUUCCUUUUUUGGCCACAGCUGGCCUUCUGGCUCUGGAGUCUGUUUAGUUAGAGACUGACUCAAAAGAUGACUUAUCUCAAGCCAUCUUUAAUGCGAUAGCAUUGGGUGUACAGCUGAACGUAUUCUUCAAAUCUAUGAAGACCUUGUUGUGAAAGGGUGCUUUAAAAAUGCCUCCAAAAUUCUGACAGGGAACAAGGUGAGAAGCUUCAACUCUGUCGGUAAAUAUUUAUGUGUUUUCCUAGCACUGAUAGUGUUUGAUAAGUACCUUUCCUGAGAACUUCAUGUUGUGUUAUAACUGAUCUUUGAGUAAUUGUCUUGUGCUGCGUGUAACCACUCGCUUGGCUUCUGAACGCCUCUGUAGUCGUAUACAUUGGCAGGAUGCUUAUAUUGGAGAGAUCAGUGAGAAACGGCACAGAAGUGUCUAAUUGCAGAUAGGACGUCGGAUACAACCUUCUCCCUGACUUGAAAAACAAGUUUGGAAAGAAGUUUUAGUUGGGAUUUAUUUUCUUUCCAGUGCUGACCUCCUAAAUACAGGUUGAGAUUUAAACGGUGCCUGGAACCAUCAACAUUUUAGGAACAUGCAAAGCCUCACAUUUUCUCUGAGCCUGAUCCUGCCCUCCUAUAAGCACUUUUAAGCCAGCUCUGUGGUUUAUUUCUGUCUUACUCUUAGGUCCCAGAUGUUCUUCUCAAGCGUAGUUUCCUGUGCAAUCAGUAGGCCAGCACUCAGCUGAUCUUUGUCCUCGCUGCAGCUUUCUGUUUUUUUUCUCUUGAUUUGUAGCAUUUGUUGGUCUCUUCUGGCUAAAUCAGACUCCUUGGAAUCAGGUUCCUGCUGCCUGUUGUGACCACUGAGCCCAAGGCUGGGCUGUAGUUCUGACUGUGUAUUUGGCAGAAGUAGAAAGGCAGUUGAGAAGGAGCUGACAGGCACCCUGCUGUUGCACUCAGAAUGCUGUGUUCUCUGAGGACCUGUCUUGCAGAUGGAGGUUGGAAGAUGGGAAGCGCUCGCGUUGAUUUGGUGUGGCAGAAGGUACCUGCAAGCUGCUGGAGACCCACAGAGGAACAGUUAGGAGUUUUCAGUGAGAAUCAAGUGACUUUACCUACGGACAGGUUGAAGGGGACCAGUUACCUCCGGGACAUACUGUCAGCCAGUAUGAAACAUGGGCUUUGCUUCUACUAAGGAAGUACUGGAGCUUCUCCUUGACAGGUAUGGAAACCUGGAGACCUCAAGCUGUGAAGAAGUUGGGAGCCAGAAUUCCUCUGAAUCCAAAACAGUACUCAGGAAUGCAAUAGCAUCAAUCUUACGAGCGUGGCUCGAUCAGUGCUCUGAGGACUUCAGAGAGCCGCCCAGCUACCCAUGCUUGCUGAAGUUGCUGGAAUACCUGCAGAGGAGCAUGCCUGGCUCUGACCCAGAGAGGAGGGCACAGAACCUUUUGGAGCAGUUCCAGAAGCAAGAAAUAGAAAGCGAUCAUGAGUUCCAUAGCACUUCCCCCUGUAAUCUGUAUGAUGAAGAGGAAAUGGAAAUUAGUGGUCCAGAAGAAUUCUCUUUUUUCCGGGAAGACCUGGUGGCAGAGCAGCUGACGUACAUGGAUGCAAAGCUCUUCAAGAAAGUUGUGCCCCACCACUGUUUGGGAUGCAUCUGGUCUCGAAGGGAUAAGAAAGAAAACAAGCACCUGGCACCUACCAUCAGAGCCACCAUCUCUCAGUUCAAUGCGGUUACCAAAUGCGUUGUCAGCACUAUCCUGAAGAGCAAAGAACUCAAAACCCAGCAGAGGGCCAAGAUCAUUGAGAAGUGGAUUCAUAUCGCACACGAAUGUAGGAUCCUGAAGAAUUUUUCCUCCUUGAGAGCCAUCGUUUCAGCACUGCAGUCCAACUCCAUCUAUCGGCUAAAGAAGACCUGGGCAGCUGUUCCAAAGGACAGAAUGCUGAUGUUUGAAGAGCUGUCUGAUAUCUUCUCAGAUCAUGACAAUUAUUUGACAAGUAGGGAGCUGCUAAUGAAGGAAGGAACAUCCAAAUUUGCAAAUCUGGACAGCAGUGUGAAAGAAAAUCAGAAAAGAACACAGAGACGUCUUCAGCUUCAAAAGGAUAUGGGAGUAAUGCAAGGCACCGUCCCUUACCUCGGUACCUUUCUCACUGAUCUCACCAUGCUGGACACAGCCCUUCAGGAUUACAUCGAGGGUGGCCUGAUAAAUUUUGAGAAGAGGCGAAGGGAAUUUGAAGUGAUCGCCCAAAUUAAGCUCUUGCAAUCUGCAUGUAACAGCUAUUGCAUGACACCAGACCAAAAAUUCAUCCAGUGGUUCAGGAGGCAGCAGCUUCUGAGCGAGGAGGAGAGCUACAGCCUCUCGUGUGAGAUUGAAGCAGCUGUUGACACGAACACCACGUCACCAAAACCUCGGAAAAGCAUGGUGAAGAGGCUCAGCCUACUGUUUCUGGGCUCCGAGGUGAUCACCAACAGCACGCCCACCAAAGAGCAGCCCAAAUCCACUCCAAGUGGGAGCUCUGGUGAGAGCAUGGACUCGGUCAGUGUGUCAUCCUGUGAGUCCAACCACUCUGAAUCUGAAGAAGUCUGCGUCACUCCCAUAGACACUCCUGAUGAGCCACAGAAAAAGCUCUCGGAAUCCUCCUCCUCCUGUUCCUCCAUCCAUUCCAUGGACACAUCCUCCUCGGGGCUGUCAUCUUUAACCAACAUAAUUUCGUCCCCUCCCUUCUUGUCCUCCAACCCCAAGAUCCACAAGCGCUCCAUCUCCGUGACAUCCAUUACCUCAACAGUACUGUCCCCUGUUUACAACCAGCAGAACGAGGACACCUGCAUCAUCCGAAUCAGCGUGGAAGACAACAAUGGCAAUAUGUACAAGAGCAUCAUGCUAACCAGCCAAGAUAAAACUCCUGCUGUCAUCCAGCGAGCCAUGUCAAAGCACAACCUGGAAUCUGAUGCAGCUGAGGAGUAUGAGCUUGUACAGGUCAUCUCUGAGGACAAAGAGCUGGUGAUCCCAGACAGUGCCAACGUGUUCUACGCCAUGAACAGCCAGGUGAACUUCGACUUCAUACUGAGGAAAAAAGCUCCCGCUGACGGGCAGGUGAAAAUGAGGAGCAGAUCCAGCCUGACGCUCCCCAGAACUGCCAAACGGGGGUGCUGGAGUAACAGGAACAGCAAAAUCACACUCUGAGGUGGAUGCAGCGGCGCUGAGGUGAACUGGUUGAGAAGCCUACCUUCGCUACCAUCAGUAUUACAGAAUCACAGCAGGUGAAUGUGUCAGUAUUCAACGUUGAAAAUAUUGGAGACAAAUGCAAAGUGAGCAUUUGGUCGACGUCCAGCCAGAGCUGUGUCUCUUCACCUGCAGCUGGACAGACACGGAUUUACAGGACAGGCCGGACUAGGAUUAUUUUGUUUUGCACAUUAGCCUAGGAAGGUGAGAAACCCCACCUAGAGGGGGAAACAGGACUGCAAUGUUUGUACUCAGAACACCACGUAAGCCUACUUCUUGUGUGAAAAAACCUUUUCUUUGUGCCAGUAUUACACACAAUGAGAAUACCUGCAUUUAUUUUUAUACAACUGGAGAAGAAAAGCCACAGGCCUGUUCUGCCAGAAGGGAGCAGGAGCCCCCCUGGCCCACAGCAGCCCAAGGAGAGUGCUGGGUCACAGAGGGGUAGGCUGACCAAGCAGUGCACCCAUGGCAAGGCACUGUGGGUACAGCCCCAAAGCGCUCAUCUCUGGAGAAGGAAGAAGCAACUGCAAGAACGUGCAUUGCCUUCACACUGCUGGCAGCCUUCUUUUUGCACUUGUUCAAAGCCAGAAAAUUACCUAUUUUGGAUUAUUAUUAUUUUUUUUUUCCCAAAGAACAUUAAAAGAGAAGACUGUGCUUGCUUUCACAUGAAUGUCACGAUUUGUUCAUGAGCAAGGCACUCAAAACUACGUCUGGACUUCAGUGCCACUGCCGUGUGGUUCUCCUUUUGCUUUGCUAACCCACUUAACAGAAGUCGAUGCCUCUGCAUGCACUCUGACAUGACUGAUGUACCUCUUUGUAAUGUGCAAUCAAUAUUCAGGAGCAGAACUUUCCCCACGUUACUCCACCUUUUUCAUUCCAUGGGAGGCAACUACAUUACCUUCUAUCUUAAAAGUGGGUAUUGAGAGGAAAUAGCCCAAUUUCUAGCAUUACCCCCAAACAGAUUUUAUAUCCUUGUAGCAUUAUUAUGCAUAAUCUCCAGCCACCGCCCUUGCUCUUUGUAUACACCUAUAAAUGAAUUUCCUGACAUGGUACAUCCUUUCAGCUGGAAUAAACCAUCUGUUCUCCGUGAACACACACCUGGAGUGUCCUCCCCGGUCCAGGCUUCCUUGGAAAGAGGGAGGUUUGAUUUUAUAAAGCCAUAGAGAAAGGGCACUGUAAACAGCCCUCACUGAACAGACCGCCUUUGGGAUGCGUUAGUGUUAGUUACAAUAAACUCAGAUACUGAAUUUUACACAUGCCUGGGGCUUUUCUUCCACCCGUUCUGCAGCUGCCAUGUCCAAACUGGGCUCAGAGUACAUCAGCAGUCUGUGAUAAAAGCGUGAUGUAAGCAGCAGUGCAUGCGCCAUUGUGCACACACUGCCUUUACAGGAGGCACCACCCAGGGCACAGUCUGUGUAAGAACUAAAACUGGACUUAGGUGAGCGAGGGAGGCCUGAGUUUGUAACCAGCCCCUCACACGUGCCAAGGGUUAGCACAAGUUUGCAGCAGAAGUGGUUUUCUUUGCGUUUCAGUGUAGGAGUGCACUGAUGUCUGUACAGCAUCCUUUGUAAAUUGCAACGUUGCUAACUCCACCAUUGCAUGUCUGUAUUAAGCUGAAAGGAAAAUGGUCUUGAUCUUAAAAUGACCCCUCCCCAGAACAUUAUAUAUAAAGAUUUUUUUUAACUGCUUACCUGUAAUCUUUAUACAAUAAGCAUAUAAAUAUUUUUUUUCCACUGA